AUGGUUUCUACACACAAUCGUGACAAACCUUGGGACACGCCAGACAUCGACAAAUGGAAGGUUGAAGAAUUCAAACCUGAAGACAAUGCCUCGGGCCAGCCUUUCGCCGAGGAAUCUUCGUUCAUGACCCUUUUCCCCAAGUACAGAGAAACGUAUUUGCGGUCGAUAUGGAGUGAGGUGACGAAAGCCCUAGACAGUCAUCAUAUUGCGUGCCAGUUGGACUUGGUGGAAGGCUCAAUGACUGUGAAAACAACCAGAAAAACCUUCGACCCAGCGAUGAUUUUGAAAGCGCGGGACUUGAUCAAGCUUUUGGCCAGAUCUGUGCCUUUCCCUCAGGCGGUGAAGAUUUUGCAAGAUGACAUUGCGUGCGAUGUGAUCAAAAUCGGCAACUUUGUCAGCAACAAGGAACGUUUCACCAAGAGAAGACAACGGUUGGUCGGUCCAAACGGAAACACUUUGAAGGCAUUGGAGUUGCUCACGAAAUGUUACAUUUUGGUGCAAGGUAACACUGUCAGUGCCAUGGGCCCAUACAAGGGAUUGAAGGAGGUCAGAAGAGUGGUGGAGGAUUGCAUGAAGAACGUGCACCCCAUCUAUUACAUCAAGGAAUUGAUGAUCAAGCAGGAGUUGGCUAAGAACCCUGAGUUGGCCCACGAGGACUGGUCGAGAUUCUUGCCCAUGUUCAAGAAGAAGAACGUUGCACGUAAGAAGACUGCCAUCGAGAAGAAGAAGAAGGUUUACACUCCAUUCCCACCAGCACAAACUCCUAGAAAGGUUGAUUUGCAGAUUGAGAGUGGUGAGUACUUCUUGGGUAAGCGUGAAAAACAUUUGAAGGAGUUGCAAGAGAAGCGGGCCAAACAGGCAGAAGUUACCGAACAGCGCAAGGAGGAAAGAAACCAGGCGUUCGAGGCUCCUGAAGAGGAAGCGUAUGAGAACAAGUUGAUCGAGGAGACGGACAAGGAAAAGAAGAAGAAGGAAAAGAAGGAGAAGAAAGAAAAGAAGGAGAAGAAGGAAAAGAAAGACAAGGAUGCAAAGAAGGAAAAGAAGGAUAAAAAAGAAAAGAAAGACAAGAAGAGACCCGCUGAAGAUUCCGAGGAGGGCAAGAAAAAGAGAAAGUCCGAGUAA